GUAAGAGUUGGUGAACGAAGUCGUUUUUCGCGUGAUUUGGACAGCGUCUGGACAAGGGAAGUCCGAGGCUGUGAACAUCUGGAGUGGGUAAUUCCCAGAGCGCGCGACAGCAUGCAUGCGCUCAGUAAUGUUCUGUUUCAUUUUUCAUUUGUUGUUGUUUUGUUUUUUUGUUUUCUUCUCCCACCGGUCUAUCCACUGCAAUGUGACCUGCUGCCUCCCCCGGCGACACGGAAUGUAAAAUGUGUGAUUUACCAUGACAACUGAAUCGGGCGCAGACUCGGAGGCCAAGCAGCCGCAGGAAAAUAAGGAGACGGAGAAGGGGAAAGCUAAAGCCACGUCCCACCCCGGCCAGGCAGCCGCCGAACCCACGUCGCCUCAGAACCAGCCGGAGCAGCUUCCAGCCGCCGCCGGACACAGCACCCCGGCCAGGAAAGAACAGGAGCAUCAGGAGGAGGAUCAGGUGUCCCACAGGUCGUCCACGAGUCGUCUGUCCAGGUCUCCUUUGAGAGGAGUCAAGAAGGUGAAGAUCAUGCAGUGCAAGGUCACCCUGCUGGAUGGCUCCGACUACACACUCAAUGUGGAGAAGCGAGCCAAGGGCCAAGUGCUCUUUGAUAAAGUGUGCGAUCACCUCAACCUCCUGGAGAAGGACUAUUUUGGCAUCACACACAGAGAUGUAGAGAAUCAGAAGAAUUGGUUGGAUCCUUCCAAGGAGCUGAAGAAGCAGAUCAGGACUGGCCCCUGGAACUUUGCUUUCAACGUGAAGUUUUACCCUCCAGACCCCUCCCAGCUGACUGAGGAUAUCACAAGGUACUACCUGUGCUUGCAGCUGAGAGAUGACGUAGUGUCGGGUCGCCUGCCUUGCUCCUUUGCCACCCACACAGUACUGGGCUCGUACACGGUGCAGUCUGAACUUGGAGACUAUGACCCUGAGGAACUGGGCAGCGACUACAUCAGCGAACUGCGGUUUGCACCCAACCAGACCAAAGAGCUAGAGGAGAAGGUCAUGGAACUCCACAAGACCUACAAGGGUAUGACACCAGCUGAAGCCGAGAUGCACUUCCUGGAAAAUGCCAAGAAGCUGUCCAUGUACGGUGUAGAUCUCCAUCACGCUAAGUUGGUAGGGAGUCUCUAUGAAUUACUGGCUCCAGCUGAGGGAGAGGACUCUGAAGGUGUGGAGAUUAUGCUGGGAGUUUGUGCGAGCGGCCUCCUCAUCUACAGAGACAGGUUGCGGAUCAACAGAUUCGCCUGGCCCAAAAUCCUCAAGAUCUCCUACAAGAGGAACAACUUUUACAUCAAAAUCCGCCCUGGCGAGUUUGAGCAGUUUGAAAGCACAAUUGGUUUCAAGCUCCCAAAUCACCGUGCUGCCAAGAGGCUCUGGAAAGUCUGCGUGGAGCACCACACUUUCUUCAGGCUCGUGUCCCCCGAGGCGCCGCCGAAGAAGUUCCUGAGCCUCGGGUCCAAGUUUCGCUACAGCGGCAGAACGCAGGCUCAGACCCGCAGGGCCAGUUCUCAGAUCAUCAGGCCUGCUCCGUUCUUCGAACGCUCCUCCAGCAAACGCUACAACAUGUCCCGCAGCUUAGAUGGAGCUCCCAUUAUGGAAAACCACGAGACUCUGAUGAAGGACAGUGCCGCCGACGGGUCGGCCAGAGUCAUCGCCAAGGGAGACAUCAUCACCACGGUAACAACGGAGAAGAAGGCAGAGGAGGAGAAGGCGGAGCAGGAGGACGCUCAGAAAGAUGCUGCAGAGUCACCGGAGGCUGCUGCCACGACACCACUCAGACAUGACACAAAGUGCUCCCCUCAUGAUUACACGGCCGACCCUCUCCGUUCCGAGCUCUCACUCCCCUCAUCUCCCGUCACAUCGACCAAAGUGCGGCGGAGGCGCAGGGAGAACGCUCGCAAGCGGGCCUCGUCGGUCAGUCCGGCGAAGAGCAGCACGGGGUGCCGCCGCCGGCAAGCGCACGCCGACCGCAAGGCUGCCCUGCUGGAGGAGCAGGCGCUGCUGCUCUCAGCCCGCAAGCAGAGGCUGGAGCAGGGCAAGAGCCGUGGCGGCACGCUCUUCUCCUUCUCCCUGCACCUGCCCGACCUGUCCUCCAUCCUGGAUGAGGACGGUUACCUCACCUUCCCCGACCUGUCAGAGAUGCGCUUCCUCCCCGAGUGCGCUCAGAACUUCCUCCCCAUUAAGUCACCGUCGCUCAUCCCAUGCUUCCUGUUCAUCUUCUUCUUCCUGCUCUCCACCUCCUUUUCCGUCCCCUACGCCCUCACCCUCUCCUUCCCACUGGCGCUGUGCCUCUGCUACCUGGAGCCCAAGGCAGCCUCCCUGACAGCCUCCAUAGCCCAGGGCUACCAUGACCAUGACAGUUCAGAGGAAGAGGAGACCGACAGCGAACAAACCGACUUUGCCUUUGAUGGAGAGAUGACAGCCACAGAGUCGGACGCAGACGAGGACUCUGAGAUGCGGACUCAGUAUAGUUUCAUAAGACGAGUAAAAGGGGAAAACGUUUUUAUCAGGCAUAGUAAUCUGAUGCUAGAGGACACUGAGCCUCCGGAGGAGAUUGUCAAGCACCAGACAAACAUCAGUGAACUGAAGCGCUCCUUCCUGGAGACGGGCAGCAGCACGGCGGGCCUGACCGAAUGGGAGAAGAGACUCACCUCUUCCCCCGUGCGCUCGCCGAGAGCGGACGAAGCGCCAAUGAUAGAGCCGCUGGAGCCGCAGGACACCGAUGAUGAGCGGCCAGCAGAAGAUGAGACAAAGGAGGAGGAAGAACCUAAAGUCACUGGGGCGGCAGGCUAUCUGGUGAAAUACGUGGCGGAUAGUAUCGUAACAGACGGGGUCACCUCUUCGGGGCCUCACGGGAUUAGCUUGUCCACCACUAUGGACGACGACGUCUUCAUGGACGGGACCUUGAGGGAGGUGGAAGAGAAAACCCCCGACUCCCAGGAGGAGGUGUCGGAAAAGUCUGUGGUGAAGAUCAGCCCCGGAUCCGUGAGACAGGAAGUGUCCCAGGCCAUCAGCGACAAGAAAGGGACGCUCAUUAUCCUGAAGGAGGCCGAAGAUAAAGAAGACGCGGAGGGCAAAGAGACGCUGGUAGAGAGAGAGGAGCCUGUCGUCCCUGGAGAGUUUGAAGCUGAUGCAAAUGAAAUGUCUGAAGAGAGAGAAACUCGCAAGGUCGACACUUCUGUUGUUUUCGAAGGCCAAACUACACUAGUGAAGAUGCUGAGUCCGAAGGGGGAGAUAAAAACUGACGACGUGGCUCAGAUUAAAAGCAUUGACUCUCCAAAGAAGGCGAUGGCUUCGUGGAUUUCAGAGGAAGUGAAGACGGACCCUUCAGAAGCCUUCAGUGUGUCGACAAAGGAACUCAAAGAGAUGAAGACCUCAGAUUUGCUGCAGCUGAAGGAAGAAUUCUUCACCUUUGAAGAAGUCCAGCCUCAGAGAUCAACGAUUACACUUUCUGAAUCUUCGACUACGUCCUUAGCAGUGUCAACGCUGGGAUGGGUUUCCUCGUCUCAAAAGGCACCAGCCGAUCAGGAGGAGAAGGAGGCGGUUGCUACGACGGAAGCAGAACCAGAACCAGAGAAGUCGACAGAGCCGACGGUUCCUGAGAACAUGGAGGUGACUCCCAAGGAUGUGCCCGUGGUCCACACGGAGACAAAAACCAUCACCUAUGAGGCUGCAGAGCAGGUCGACACAAAUGGUGACGCAGACCCUGGGGUGUUGCUCAGUGCUCAGACCAUCACCUCGGAAACCACCAGCACCACGACAACCACACACAUCACAAAGAUGGUGAAAGGAGGAAUAUCCGAGACGAGAAUCGAGAAGAGGAUCGUCAUAACCGGAGACGCAGACAUCGACCACGAUGAGGCUCUGGCUCAGGCUAUAAAGGAGGCUAAAGAACAGCAUCCUGACAUGUCAGUCACCAAAGUAGUGGUACAUAAAGAGACAGAGAUCACACCAGAGGAGGGGGAGGACUGACCCAGGAAUAACACUGAGGGCUGUUUUCUGUUCAACCUCCCAGAAUCCAACAUCCAGAACUCCACAUACUCCGUCGGGACUCUCAGAAGACCAGAAAGGCUCCUGCUCUCUCCAGAUGCUGCAGCUCGCCGCUAGUCGCAACCAUCACCUGCAAAAUAAAUAAAUGCAUUUUGCAUGAGAAGGACGCAACGUUGCAUUUAUCAAACUAAUGGCAAAGAUUAUACUGAAAAACCGUCUGAUUUUCACAGUGGUCGCCGAUCCAUCUGCACGCUGAAUCCCUGUGUGCAGCAAGCGAACCCUUUUUUUGCUUUCACUGCCUUACGACCUUUGAUGCUUCUUUUUUUAUGAUCAUCGAGAAUAAUUAUUGUAGCAAACAUUUUAUUUAUGAAAUAAAGCCAUCACUCCAGAAACUUAAAAACUGCUCUAGGCUGUAUAUGUUAGAGAGCAUACACUAUUUAACCUCGCAGUAGAAGUGCCAACCUCAUUUGCAUCAAGCAUCGCCUCAUUCAUUCAAAACGAACUCAAUGAUUCUCCAUUAGGUAUGCCACUCCUAGAUUCACUACAGCUCUGUAAUGUACAUAUCGAAGCUUUCCUAGGAAAAUAGCAAAUUAUCUUUCACGGUUGAUUUUUGUCUACUUGAAUUGCAUUUUCCUUUUUAUUAUAAUUUCAGUGUUUUAUUGUCUCCCAUCCAUCAAUUACACCACUGCAAUGUGCAACUUUUCUUUCUUUUUCUUCCCCCCCCCCUGAGGAUUUAAGAGUUCUGCGCGAGAAAUCAAGAAUUUUCUGUGCCUGUGCAGGCUUCGAAUGUUUCCCAGGGUAGAAGAUGGGCUGCAGCACAAGUCCCAGGUUCGCGUGACUGCGAGGCGAAGGGCUCGGGCUGCCGAGCUCUGCCCAGACAAAAGCCGAGAGAGAUCAGUCAACCCUCCACCAUCCUGAACAUGUCCGCUGUACGCCUCCCCUGUCUGUUCAGAUGUAUAUGAAUAGCAGUGUUCAUGUACGGCCAUUCUCUCCCCGAAAUGGCGAAAUAAACGUGACAGAUGCAUUUGUUUUUAAUUUGCUAUGUUCUUCUAAAAUAAUAAAAUGACCACAGUACUGAAA